AUGGCACCCUCGCCUUCACUUGGCCGUGAGAGCGUCCCGUGUGACAGAUCACCCAUAGAACGAGAUAAACUCACAACUAUUUCUAAUAAAACAUUGCCACCAAACUCCGCUACAAACAACGUUGAUAUUGACAACGAUCUACGACGCCAAGUGGGUCGAUUGGUGGUUGACACGCAACAGACCAUCGACUCAAACUUGUCGCUUUUUCGCAUGGGUUUUUUGGUGACAUUAGCGGCUUCAAUUGCAGUUUCUGUACGACUAAGUGGUCUACUAAAUCGCGUCAACAAUGUGGACGAAAUUCCGUCGUGGCAGUUCAUGCGACGAAAGAAGCUGCGAGUGCGGAUGAUCCGGCAAUCGCGACAGGAUCCAAGCGUCUUUUACGUGUAUCAUACGCCAUUUUUGAGACGCACAGUGCUACAAGAUAAGUUACCUGAUUGUUUAACUGUUAGCAUUGGCGAUCAAAAAUCCAGUGACUUGAUUGCCGUUAGACCUUUUGGUGUGCAAGUUGACGAGAGCUCCGAGGAGUGGGUCUGGUCCAACUUUGUGUCUUCGCAUCGCUCCUUAACGAUUCAACUCUUACGACGGAUUAAAGUCAUAGACAGUGAGAGUGUCGCGUUGUGUAAUAUUGCACUGAAGAGACCACCGAUGCGAAAAGAUUUUGCUCAAGAGCUGGUAUCCUACGGCUACGCCGAGUGCAUUCCAGAGAAUCUCAAGAACUAUGAAAAUGGAUCAAACACGGCAAUAUCAAGUCUCUUGCAGCGUCUCAAAAACCUUGAGGCGGCUCAGAAGCAUGCUCAGACUAUGCAGUACGGCAUCUGGAAGAAUUGGCAAGAAAAUAAACUCUCUGACCGCGUAUUCUCCGCAAGCAAACGAGCUACAGCCAAAGGAUUAAAGAAACUUAUUAAUAGUAUUUACCGUUAA